AUGGUAGAGCUAGAUAUUGAAGAGCUGGAGACCCCAGAAGAGGAUCCUAUCGCGGGUGAGGCUCGGGACAACGUCAGAGUCCUCGGAGAGUUUCUUGCUUUGGAGCUCGAACUCAAACGCAUCCUAUCGGAGGGAUCGGAGGACCGUAAGCGGUAUUUGAGAACUCUGCGACGUUCAGCGCGAGAUCGAUUGUAUGCUGAGGAAUUGUCCCCAUAUGCAGUGGAUCUUCCCGAGCCGUUUGUUGGGCGGUAUACUCAAGCUCGGAUACAACAUCUGAGGAGGAGGAAGAGUGCGGAGCAGGCGCAGAAGUCGGAGUACGCCAUCGGUGUGAAGUCCCUGUCGGGAGUAUCGGCAGUCGAGAAAGAGCUGGGAAAGACAGGCUCAGUACCAGUGAGCGGGCAGCCAGAUCGGAGGGCGGGGUCACGUCCAGAACUCACAGAAGAGCUUGUGGAAAAAAUACGCAAGGCUGCGGAGGCCACAAAGGCACCACCAGGAGGUUGCUUUGUGGUUCGUGAGGGUGAUACCCAAACGUUGGCGGAGUUUCGGGCCUACUUCCAGACCAUUGCGAAUCAAAGAGGCUGGGGGGAUGUGCAUGCUUUCUUCUGGUUGGCGAAGUUUGUCGAUACAGCGCUAUGGAUAAAUAUUUCCUUGGCGCACGGGCCUCUUAUUGAGAAUACGUUAAGUAGAGCAUCCUACGCCAAGGCAGUGCAGAUCGUCUGGGAUUCUCUCGAGCGCCAGAGCGGCGGUGACAAGCAGAGGGAGGUGCUGUUGACGGAGGCCCAGAAGUUGGUGCAGAAGAACGGAGAGACUCUGAUGACUUUCCUUUAUCGUGUCAAUAGCUUCAAGCAGAAGUGUCAUCUCGUAGGGGUUCAUCAAGAUGCGACUCACUGGUUGUCGCUUGCCAGAAUAGGGAUGCGGGAUGAAUUCUCGAAAAGUCUCGGUUAUUUGAUGAGGGCCGGAAAACCUGACAUCACAUGGGAGGACUGGCUGGUUGCCAUGGAAAGGGUUGCGCCUGCCUCAUCGGCUCCCGGAGUCAGGUGUGUUGAAGUUGCAGAGGCACAGGAUGCCAAGGCAGUGCAGUCGCAGGGGAACGAUCGCCCGCCCCGGAAGGAGCCUUGGGUGGGAGGUUUCCGUGGGAGAUGCUAUGCCUGUCAACAAGUUGGGCAUAUGAAGCGGGAUUGUCCUAACCGCCCAGCGUCUAAGAAAAGUGCGGUCAAGGAGUCGAUGGCUGCUGAGGGUGGUGGGGCUCAAAAAACGGACGGAUCGGUGGCAGAAGCAGAUGGAGGACGUUCACUGGAUCGUCAGGAUGCUUCUAAGACAUCGUUGCAAAUCACUAGCAACAACUUUGCCGUCGACUGUCUGGCGACCUCAGCGACAACUGAAUCCUUUGCUCUGAGGAACACCGACGAGGUUCCACAGGUUUCUCUGCGUUGUGGGGAUAAGAAGUUCGAAGCUUUGCUCGACACAGGAUCGUCGUGUUCGUUGAUAUCGGCAUCACUGGUGAACGAAUUGGAGGAGCGGAAUUGUAUCGCAAGGCUCGGUGACCCGCCAGUGCUGAUUCGAUAUGCUAACGGUGAGGAAGAACAUGCGGGCGGAGAGGUCAUCAUUCACACUAAAAUGGGCGAUAAUGAGUGCUUCUUACCAUUCUUGAUUGUGCCUCGACUCGGUCGCGAAGGCGGUGUAAUCCUGGGUCGUAGGGCGCUCAGGUUACUUGGCAUCUCAAUCAAUUUCCCCCAAGAUUCUGUCGAGGAGAGAUCUCAAUUACGGCAAGCUUUUGACCGGUACAAGUUCUCCGAUAACUCUCCGCAAAGACCUCUACGGGAAUUGGGUCACGAAGAAGAGGAGGAGUUAUGUGCGCGGAUCGAGUGCUUUCACAGUAACGGCGAGCUGUACGUUUCUGAUGAUCCCGUAAGAGAACUUCUGGAGGAGAAUGUUGCGGCAAACGCUGCUCUGGGUGGUUUUCGGGACUCCCUCGAUAUAAAGGUCUCCGAGGCUUUGAGCAACGAGAGUCAGCAGAUUGUGGCAACAUCUUCCGGGGAUCUGUCCGACGAAGUUGUCGUUGAUCGUCUCUUGGAAGCCCUCUCGAGAUGUGAACCCAUACCUUUAUCGGAAGGGUACGCACUGCGACUAGACCGCAACAGUGUUGAUGGCAGAAGAUUUGAUGGGCAGAAGUUCCAGUUCGUGGCUCAAUGGCAUCUGAAGGAUCCAGUUUCGGGCACGCAAAGGCCUUGGUCAAGUGACCGCAUGAUUCGACAGCUUACAGAGGCCGAACGUGCCGAGUUUUAUACUCAUUGUGGUGAAUAUGAAAAGCAAGGCUGGUGGAGUCCUGAAGAAAGCUGCGGAGGGCCAAAUGAGGUGGAGUGUCCCUAUGGAACUAUCUUCCCUGUUAGACAGUCGGGAGACGAUGGCGUCGGUCUUGAUGCUCAACUGCUGCCCAUUGUUGGGCCGGCGGUGUGUAAGACCACUAAGACCAGACCCGUGGCAGAUCUACGACUCGUGAAUUCCCUCAGUCCGCCGGUCAGUAAUGAGCAGCAUACCACAGCAGAGGCUGCUAGAUCUUUGAGAAGUUCUCUCAGGGAAGGGGAUACUAUUCGACAGUUCGACCUAUCGAAGGCGUUCUACUGUAUCGGUGUUGAACCCUCAAACCCGGAUGGUCGGGUGGUGCCACUUCGUCUUGCUGUCGGUCAUAAACGCUUUACCUGUCAACGACUUGCCUUUGGACUGGCUUGUGGCCCAAUUGUGCUCCGUGGAUCGCAGCGGAUAUUGUGGAUGGUGGUGGACAAGGCCCGCAGUUUGCUUGGUUAUGAGAAGGUGUGUACCAUCCCUGUCAUGGACGACUUCCUCUUAUGGGGGGAUCCGAAGGCAGUCCAGGCAGUCGAAAGACUGUUGCUCAAGGUAUGGGAGGCUACGGGUUUCCAAUGCCCCGAAUCCAAAAGGACAUCAUGGGGUGAGGAAGCUACUCGUUGGUUGGGAAGCCACUGGAGUUGGCAUAGGGGAUCACUUAAGUUGGUUCGGCCGCGUGUAGGUGGUGUCGCUCUGGGAGAUGUCGACAGUCUUACGAAGCGCCGUGUGUUCCAAGCUGCUGGCAAGUUCACUGAGAUUAGUGGUGGUGUCAAUGAGAGCCUUGCUCGAGCUCAUGCGGAUUGUGCGAGGGUUCUAGCCAGCAACGCGUCUACUUGGGAUGCCCCCGAGCCCGGAAAUGAUUGGGCUUCGCCGGCAUCCGUGCAUCUGAACCUGUCCCUGAAGUAUUGGGACCAGGCGGCAGCCGUAGAAGAUGCAAACUUGUGCCUCUUCACGGGAAUAGAAAGCAUUAUUGCUGAGGUAGACGCUUCCGCCGGAGGAUACGGUUUCGUCUGGAAGGACUCCAACUCGGGAAAAGUCAUCCGCUCGGAAGCAAGGGUCCAAAGCAAAUCUAUGGCUUUAGGAUCAUGGCAUUGCAACCGACGUGAAUUAUUCGUCAUUGCUGCCUGUUUACGCCGUCUCGAUGAAGAUGCCCAUCUAUUUGUUAACUUACGGCAUAUUGAGAUACGGGGUGAUAGCCGAGUCGCGGUCCAUCAAGCAAACCCGUGGCAAGUUCCGGUCUGUAAGAGCAUUGAGAAGCGAGCUAUCAUGCGUCUCCGGGGGGUUAUUAUUGAGGUCGCCCACGCGUUCAGGUGUUCGGCGCCUCCGGUCACGGUGGUCUUCUCUCAUCUUCCAGGGACGGUAAAUCACAUUGCUGAUGUGCUGUCGAGGGUGUCUUUAACUAUGAAGUACCAGCCAAUAUCUGAUGCUUCGCUUCACAUGCAGGUGGUUGCUUCCGUCUCCUGUGACGCAGUCGAAGUCCAUUCUUGGUUGUCGGACGAGGGGGCGGGUGUUUGGUCAAUCCCUUCCUUCCGCCAGUGGGUGAACCUGCUCUCUUUUUUUAGAGGCUGGCGAGGGCAGGAUGCUCCUGAAUCGUCCAAAGCAUCACUCUUCUCCAACUUUCUGAAGGUGAAGCAGGAGAAUGAUCCUUUUUGUUUGAAGAUUACCGAUGGCCUUGAUGCCCAAGGGAAGAGUGUUAUCGUGGGUUUGCCUUAUACCUUCGAGUUGCACAAUGGCCUCUUAUACCGUUUACGUCCCGAUCUGCCGUUUGACGAGGGCCCACGGAAGCAGCUGGUGGUUCCACAGUGCUUGAUAGCGGACUUUGCUCAAGCAGUGCACCAGGAAUGUGGUCACGCAGGCCUUACGGCUACCUUGGCCGUACUCUUCAGUGAGGUUUGGGCACCUGGUAUGAGGAAGAUUACUCGUAAGGCUCUUCGAGGCUGUUUAAGCUGUGCUUUGACCCGCGACAACGGUACUAGGGCCCAGGUCUCCUUCGGUGCCAGCAAGAUUCCUUUGGCUCCUUAUGACUGUGUGGGAAUAGACCUGUUUGGUCCUUUACGUCGUCCGUCCGUCUUGGUAAUUGGUGCGGGUUCCGCUCAGCGUUUCCCGCAAGGGGGCGAUGAUGAUGGUAGGCAAGUUCUCAGUGUCAUAGAUCGUCUGAGUGGUCAUUGUUCCUUCUAUUUACUGGACAGCGGCAGGGCCAAGGAUAUUGCAGAUACCCUGGAACUUCAUUUCUGGCGUGUUGGAAAAUGGCCGAAGGAGCUGUGGUGUGAUAAUGCCAAGAACUUCGUUGAGGCUACUCCCUUGGUUAGCUUCCUUAUGAUGAUCGGUUGUAAACUGCGGACUAUUCCUGCUUACACACCUCAAUGCGGCUUCUGGGAAAGGAAGCACAAAGAGGUCUCGGAAACUCUUCGCUCUUGUCUGCAUUCCAACCCCCAGGCGAGUUGGAAGUGGCUGAUUGCGAUUGCAGAGGCCAGAGCUAAUCUCGUAAGUGGUGCGCACGAGAGAAUCUAUGGAUGGAAGCCUCAAAGUCCUAUCAUCGGUGCCCUUUCGGCCCAGGUUGCUGAGUCUUCAAGGGUCCCUAUGAAUUUUAGAGGUAGCGAAGCAGCUGCGAAGGCAGAGGCGAGAUCCCGUGCUAAACAGAGAGAUGAGCUCUUGCAGGUCUUUGCGGAAGAAUGGCUGCAAGCUCGUGAAACUUUGGCCAGUAAAUUCGCGGGGAAGAUCGUUAAGAGGGGCGGAUCAUUGCCUGUUGAGGUCGGGGAUCAAGUUAUUCUUUUCAAGCCCGGACAUAUUCAGGGUCCCAAGCUAUCUACUAAAGCUUCGGGACCAUAUUUGGUGAUCAGGAAGCUUAGCAGUCAGUGUUUUGAAAUCGGGUCGAAUUCUGAUGGAUCGAAGGCGCAGAGGACGUGGGUGGUUCAUAGCUCAAGGAUUCGUAAGUUUGAGGCUAUUGGUGCUGUCGACGAGGCUGGUGGUGAGACCGAUGUCGAUCCUAUUCCCGACCCGAGAUUAACUGACAAGUUGUGCCCUAUCUGCAAGGAACGUCGAGCUGGUACUCUUAUUUGUUGUGACAAUUGUGAUCAUUGGUUCCACGUGGACUGCACUGAUUAUGAUGGCCAGCAAGAUUUCUGGUACUGUGCUCUUUGCAAUGCGGCACGAGAGCAGUGA